AUGUCUUCCUCUAGCUCCACCCCGCAGCAGCUGAAAGAAGAGCUCAAGGUCGUCGAGACCAAGGCCGUCAACCAGACCAUGGUUCAGCUGCGCUCGCUCGCAGCUGGUGCUACUGGUGGUCUCUGCGCUGUUAUCGUCGGUCACCCGUUCGACCUGGUGAAGGUGCGCCUGCAGACUGCUGAGAAGGGGAUUUACUCCGGCGCCAUGGAUGUGGUCAGGAAAACAAUUGCCCGUGAAGGUUUGGCUCGAGGAUUGUAUGCCGGUGUCUCCGCACCCCUCGUUGGAGUUACUCCUAUGUUCGCUGUCAGCUUCUGGGGUUACGAUGUGGGCAAGACCCUCGUGAACAAGUUCUCCGUUGUCCCCAUUAAGCACGACACCCCGCAGUACUCCAUUGCCCAGAUCUCCGCCGCGGGUUUCUUUUCCGCCAUCCCCAUGACCCUGAUCACCGCUCCCUUCGAGCGUGUCAAGGUCCUUCUCCAGAUCCAGGGCCAGAAGACCCUGGCCCCGGGUGAGAAGCCCAAGUACUCUGGUGGUAUGGAUGUUGUGCGCCAGCUGUACAAGGAGGGUGGUAUUCGCAGUGUGUUCCGCGGUAGCGCCAUGACUCUGGCGCGUGACGGUCCCGGCUCAGCCGCCUAUUUCGCGGCCUACGAGUACAUCAAGCGCAGCAUGACCCCCAAGGAUGCGGAUGGCAAUGUGACCGGCGAGCUUUCCCUGCCUGCCGUCGUGUGCGCUGGUGGUGCCGCCGGUAUUGCCAUGUGGAUCCCCGUCUUCCCCAUCGAUACCAUCAAGUCUCGCCUGCAGAGUGCCCCCGGUAAGCCCACCAUGGGCGGUGUCAUUCGCUCAGUCUACGCCAGCGGCGGCGCCAAGGCAUUCUUCCCUGGAUUCGGACCGGCCCUUGCUCGUGCGGUGCCCGCCAAUGCCGCCACUUUCCUCGGCGUCGAGCUUGCACACAAGGGCAUGAAGGCACUCUUUGACUAA